UCCGUUUUUACUGGAACACUUGGUCUUUAGCAGGAAUUUCCUGCGCUUGCCUUUCGCAGGAAAUCCACGUCCGUGGAGCUCUCUUCAAAGUGGUACACCAGCCAAUCCACUUCCCUUUGAAGUUCUCCUGGCGCGGGAAUAACCCUCCACGUGUCUGCCUUCCUCGAAUCCGAUUUCCACCGCCGCCUCCGCGUCCGCCGUUCUCUUCCAUGGAAAUACCUGUGCACAGCAGUUGUUCGACUGAAGUACGCACAGAGAUCUUUUCUGAAUAGGCACAGCAGUUGUUCGACGGAAUGCCCCAGAGAAAUUUUGAUGCUUCAUGUAAGUAAUUCUCUCCGUCUCCACUCACCAUUUCCCAAAAUUCUCUAGACACUCAUUCUACUGAGCAUAAACUUAUCUUACAUAUCUCAAUCCUCUCUCUCUCUCUCUCUCUCUCUCUCUCUCAACACUCAAAUAACUGAUCUUUUACAUCACUCUACAACUCUAAAAACCCAAUAAAACCCAAAAGUUCAACAAGAAUCUCACGCCCCCAAAACCACCUUCCAAAAAUGCUCAGAAAAAUCAGCAAACGGGCAGUCUUCUUCUCUACUUCAACCUCUCCAUCAAAACCCCAUCUUUUUAGCAUCCAAAAGAUGCAAAUCUCCUCUUACAGAAGACCCAAAAAGAAAAUCUAUCACAGAGUUCCUGAUCUUGACCGGGUGAUGGACCUCCGAAAGAAGCCUUCUCUGAUCUUAAACCUCAAAACUAUCCUAAGCUCCCGAAAGAGUCGCUCCCUCCUCCUUCGAGACCUUGAAAAGGAAGUGGGUUUUGUCCAGAAAUGGAAUUACAUGUCUGUAAUCGAAAAGUAUCCUCGGAUAUUCCAAAUUGGUGUGAAAAACAGAGUACCUGUUUCAGUACACCUUACAGAGAAGGCCGAAAGGAUCGUGUCUGAAGAAGUUGCCAUGCGUGAAUUGAUGGAGCCCAUUUUGGUGAAGAACCUGAGGAAGCUGUUGAUGAUGUCAAUGGAUGGUCGGAUCCCGCUUGAGAAGAUUGAAUUCAUUGAAUCGGAUCUGGGGUUGCCUCAAAACUUCAAGAACUGCUUGAUCCCAAAGUACCCAGAGUUUUUUACGGUGAAGAAUUUGAAUGGUAGAGAUUGUCUCCAAUUGGAAAGCUGGGAUACCGAUCUGGCGAUCACCACCCGUGAAGAAAGAUUGGAUCUCAGCGGGAGCCACAACACCUCCAAGACCAUCUCAAGAGAUGGGAAUUAUCAUGGGCCAUUCGCUUUUAAAUUGAGUUUUCCCGCUGGGUUCAGACCCAACACAAAUUACCUCAAGGAAGUUCAGAAAUGGCAAAGAUUGGAGUUCCCGUCACCGUAUUUGAAUGCAAGGAGCAUCGAUCCCGUCACCCCUCAGGCUCGAAAACGGGCCGUUGCAGUGCUUCAUGAGCUGUUGAGCUUGACAAUGGAGAAGAGAUUGACGUCUGCACAGCUGGAUGCGUUCCACGCAGAGUAUCAGUUACCAUGCAAGUUGUUGCUUUGUUUGGUCAAGAAUCAUGGGAUUUUCUAUAUUACUAAUAAGGGAGUUCGGAGUACCGUCUUUCUUAAGGAAGCUUAUAACAGGUCUUGUUUGAUAGAGAAAUGCCCGUUGUUGAGAUUUAACGAUAGGCUUGUAGCACUUAAUGGCAGCAGUGAACUCAAUUUAAGUGAUGGAAUACCCUUGUCGAUGUCAUAGAUUGACGCAUGAAAAACAUGGAAUUCUUAUCAUUGGCUAUGUAGAUCGGGCUGCUGGUAUGUGUUUGCAUUGAUGCAGUUUCACUUU